ACACACACGCACACUGAAAAAACAACUCUUACUCUUUCUGUUUCUUUCGGUAGCAGAAAGUGUGUAUUUGAUGAGUUGAAUUGUUGAAUGAGCAUAUAUCAUAACAGUAAUGUGUUUUGAAAAACAAGUAGGCCUAGUGUGGUGAUACUGUCAACCUAAUCUACAAAAUUAUUUUACAUUAAAUACAUUUAAGCAGUUAAAUCAGAACUUUUGCAUGCCUUAGACCCCUUUACAAUUAGGCCUGUCAAAUGGAUUGAUAAAUCUAGGCUACUGUAUUUGUUAAAUUCAUGUCAGCCUAAUAAAACAUAUUGAGGGGAAAUCAGGCAGUUAUGUGCUGAUUGCUGAGUGCUGAUAAAUGCUAAGUUCAUUGUGUCUGGAUGUUGCUGAUAUAUGAGGGCUGAGAAACAAAAAUAUCAUCAGGAAAAUAAAGUUAUAAACACCAAGAACUCAAAACAGGAAACAGCAUAGGAAGCUGCAGCUGUAUUGACAUGGAAACCUAUAGAAAAACACAUCGCCCAUGUGAAAUUAGUGACUUUUCCAUUGCAACUAAAACGUUAUUUGAAAUACUUUAAAAUCUCGGUGGAGGCCUAAGAAAAUAUCAAUAGCGAAUUAGGCAGGCUAGUAGUCGAUUAAGCUAUGUGAUGGGCAUAAUAAAAAAGCACAUCUAUCGCUUCACAUCUGAGCCUCCUACAACCAAGUUUUGAACAUACAGUCAGCAGCUGAACAUAAGAUCUGAAGUCGUGAUCUGUUAGGCUGUAGCAUACCCAGUAGCCUAUAGUCACGACGACUCGACUCCAUAGCCGAUUUCUGUGUGAUCAUUGCCAGUCUGUAGCUUAGCUAUCUGCCUCUUUAAGAGCAAUUUCCUGCCAUUGUCAAAUAGUCGUGAGCAGGAAGAGGCGAACGAAACCAGAACCCGAGGGGGCAGGGCCAUUUAAAAAUACCUGAUGUAGAAUAACUGGGACAGAUUUUCCUCUCUCAGAGAAACAUUACGCGGGAUAACAAGGACGUAAAAAACGCGCGGGUCUAUUCGUCAAUAGCCUAUCGCAGGUACAGACCCCUGGUCAAAACACAAAAUUGACCCUUGAGGGAAAUUGGCAUACGGUAGUCUAUCAAUUAUCACAGAGCUAGACAGACAUUACGUUGACAGUGUUAACAACGGAUUGCAAUGGGAACAUUUAUUCUUAAUAGAGCAAUAAUUAACUGAUCUAAUUCUUUACAGGGACGGAAUCAUGACAUCCACUGACUGCUGAGUAGCUGGACAGGUGCUUUCUUCUAUCUAGCCCUAUUUGCUUUCAAAAACGCACCACACUCAAGGAUGCGUUAUGCCAUGCCGCGAUUUUAAAUCGUGAAAUUAAAUGUAAAGGAGAAAGGGGGUGUGCUCUCAGUGUGCAACAUUAUUCAGAGAGCAGCUUGAUGCUCUGUCGGAAGCAUUUUGGAAUGGCAUCUACAAUUGAAAGAAAGACAUUGGAGACAAACGAGGAGCCAGUUGAUGAGGUCCUCCAGAUGCCGCCAUCGCUGCUGACUUGUGGUGGCUGCCAGCAGAGCAUUGGCGACCGUUUCUUCCUGAAGGCGAUAGAACAGUACUGGCACGAGGACUGCCUGAGCUGUGACCUGUGUGGAUGCCGCCUUGGCGAGGUUGGCCGGAGGCUCUACUACAAACUGGGACGCAAGCUGUGCCGACGAGAUUACCUGAGGCUAUUUGGUCAGGAUGGGCUCUGUGCGUCUUGCGAUAAGCGGAUCCGUGCUUUUGAGAUGACCAUGCGAGUGCGGGACAAGGUCUACCACCUGGAGUGCUUCAAGUGUGCAGCCUGCCAGAAGCAUUUCUGUGUGGGAGACCGUUACCUGCUCAUCAACACAGACAUUGUUUGUGAGCAGGAUAUUUUUGAGUGGACAAAGCUCAACAGCAAUAUGUAGGGGAAUGUUUUUGCAUCGUGUCGCCUCUCCAUUUAGCCCUUUGCCACCUCAGAUGCAUAGCGGUGUGUUGAAGAAGCGGUAUGAAAAGUGUGCUACUUUUGAAAUCUCCGAAAGAAGCUAACUUGGGCAGCUUCAGCGCUGGCUUGUCACCAGGUUGACAAGAAUGCUCACCAGCACUCACACCACAAGACACGAGGCCCUAGUAAAGGCUUGUCUUUCUGAAUGCAAAAAGGACAGUGCUUUGAUAUAGGCAAUAAUGCUGCAUCGCAAGUCAUUUGAGUUUUGUUGAAAGAUGUAAAUAUUGUAAGAGAUGACAGCUUCUGAUGAGUAUCCUUAUUACUUGUCUAUAACAUUUGAAACAACUUUGUUAAAAUGUUCAAAUAAAUAAGUUUACAGUUA